UCUUACUUCAUCUUUCGGGACUCGUUUCUACUUUAGGACGAUCUGUACAAGCGUACUGCCUACUACUACUACUGUCUACUACUACUACUGUCUACUACUACUACUGUCUACUACUACUACUGUCUACUACUACUACUGUCUACUACUACUACUGUACCGUCGACGAUCUUCUUACCAACCCUCGUAAGGGACGCCCUGUCGACUUCCUUCUGCCAGGCAUCACCCGUCGUAUAUAACAACCUUCAACCCUCCUGCCCUCGCUGAUAUAAACAUCACCAAUCGCCUUGUGAUCGUUCGUCCAAUAUCUCCAUCCCCCUGGUCCUGUGUCGUGCGAGCACCAUCACCAGCACCAACACUAGCUUGAAACGCGCACCAUCACGGAAGCCGUUACAUAAAGCUCAUCAGAAUUAACCUUAACGGGCGUUGGAAACGUUAAUUGGAGCCUACCUCGAUCCCCGGUGCUUGAGCAGAGUCGCAAUUAUACGGAAAUAUCUGGCCCUUGGUAUCUUGUACCAAUAGCCCUCUGCGUAUUACUCGACGAGUGUCACUAGUGUCUUUGCUUGGGCCAAGCGUUGAAGCGGGUCUCUUACUAAAUCUGGGGGGUCUUCUGUCCAGGCCCAGGGUUCCUGCCAGAAAAAUAUUCCAUGCGCGACUGCAUUUCCAUUGCCCAUUACAGCCAACCACCCCCCGUCGCCUUCGGAAAUUCCUCAACAAAAUACUCCUUCCUUCCACCAACUCACACCGAGUCCUCUCAACACUGCCAACGGACGAUACCCACUGUCAACAACCCACCCACACCUCUACACCAGAUAAUGAAUCGAGCGCCAUCAUCGACAUCCUCUGUACAUUGUGGAAUAAGCGCAUUGCAUCGACUCGCACAUCUCCUGCACCUGGAACCUCGUACUUUACACCACACGUGACGGCGAUAUAAUACUACUCUCCUCUCUUGGACCGCACUCUUCUCACGAGAUAACGGCUAUUAUUGAAGCACGAUAAGGACAAGAUGGGAGAAUACAUUCCUCAGGACGAGUACUUUGAGUGGGACGAUUUCAUCCCCUCCUACACUUCGACGUCGCCUGCGCCAGUUUCGAAACAAUCGAGGAAACAAGUCAACCUCCAUAUUUCGGCGACACCGGCGACACCAAUCUCCCACGAGAUGGACGACCUUUACGACUACGAUUCGGAUUCCGAGUUGGAACUUGAUCUGACCAUGGGAGGAUUCAAAUUAUCAUCGAGGCAUUUGGGCGCAGAGACACCCAAUAUGACUUUGAAAUCAUUGGGUUCUUCUCAUGAGGAGGAACGCAUCUCACUGCCUUCGUAUGACGAGGAAAAGAAAUCUCUCGUCGCAUCACUAUCCUCCGCUUCGCUCACUUCUCUCGGAUCCUCCCAACCAAUGGAACCCGAGUACGUCGAACGGGCUGUAGAUGAUACCGCAAUUCUUGCAACACCUUCGAAACACGUCGACUUUCUCUCCCACGACUGGAACCAGUACGAUCUGUUGGCUACUUGGAAAUACCUCAACACCAAAUCCUCCCGAAAAGCAUACAACAACAGCACUCGAUUGAUCAACGCAUCAUGGAGACUUUGGACCAAGGAACGCUAUCAAUUGGAAACCGUCGAACCCAUCUCAAUUAAUUGGUACGUCACCUGACUUGUAUCAUCUGAUCAUACCCCCAAAUGUACUGACAUGGAGAUAGGCAAAAGGAUCGCGACACAACAUGGCUCUAUGGACCUCUCCACCCAGGAGUGGAUGCUUUUGUUCUACCAGAGACGCCGGACCCAACUGAGCCAUGCCCAACACCAGCAUCUCGCUCGUCAUCAAUAUCAUCUACGGCGUCAUCAUCGUCAAUCCGGCCAAUUCUCAAGAAACCCACUUUAUCGGAAGUACUAUUACGCCGUUCAAUUUCUUCGGCAGCACUAGUCCGUGAAGCCGCUUUGGCCGCCGAGGAAGCGCGAAAUCUCUCGCAGAAAAAUCGAAAUGCGUCAUUACCAAGUCAUCUAGUCAACGAAGUUCGCAUGAGUCUUGUUGAGAGCGGAAUUAGACGCACCAACUCCAACAAGAGUGUCAGAUGGCACGAAGAUGUCGUGGCGCCUGCCCCACAACACGCGACACCUAUGACGAUCGAUUCAUUAUUCGAGUCCUCAAGUGCAGACGCUUCCGAGGACGACGAGGAGGAUAACAACGUGUCAUCGGAUUCCUUCCUUACGAUGUUGAAAUCCAGAUCAAGAGUCGUAGAUCUCGAUCUGAACCAAGAUUCCUCGUCGAACACAGAUUCUCUUCCAGAAUCCAUGACAUCUGAUUCAUCAUCAUCAACCGAUUCCGAUGAUGAAGCCGCGGACGAUUAUUUUGGAAGUUUCAUGCAAUACGGACAACCUACGGGCUUGAAUGCCGAAACGGCACUCAGCAGAGAAAACUUGGCACUUGGCGGGUCCAUGGUAAAGGAUCAAUUUGCCUUACCCGUCAUCGCAGAGGAAAAAGUACAACCAUGGGUAGAGCAAACACCUUUGAUAGAGAAAUGUCCCGAUUGGCAUGCCGAAAUCGAUGAGGACGAGGCAGAUUGGUGGGCGGGAGUUUAAACAUUACGAGUCGCCCUCUCGACAACCCGGUCCCGCCAACCAUUCCAAACAAUCCUCGCGGAUCACACAAUUUACCAACAAAUUGUAUCUACCUACGACUUCCAAUCCGAGGAGUGUAGUCGUAUCUCAUCAGGUGACGCGUCCGAAAAGCGAGUCGCUUCCUGCCCUGCCAUCCCACUACCGGACUUCCGGCGGCUCUACCCUCACAACACGAGGGUUCGGGGAUUAUGGGACCUGCAUUCUUCUAUCUAUUCCAAAGAAAGCACAGUAAAACGUGCAUACGAGGUAUUGCGGCAGUCUACCCCUGACCUUGCCAUUGGGUAGGCAAUCGUCGGUCGUGACCGAUUUGAGGGGCAGGUGCUCGGAUACGAUGACCGAAGUGUGCAGAAUAUACCCGAGCCACGAAGAUAGACAUGGGACGAUGAUUCAGGAGGUUGGGAUUAUUUCCGGGAAUGAAAGUAAACAAAUCAAAUACACCAUACAUCAUGCAGCAUUGGCUUGUCCGCCUUCUACCAGCCAUCAGGUUUGAGCCUCUGUCUCUUCCGCCGCCACGUGUGUCGGGUUGCUGAUGUAAAGUUCAACGAUCGCAAGUCUACUACCGUCGGCGGGACAAGAAAGGGUCCGUUUUUUUCAACGCUCUUUAGACUACAGGUGGCUUUGGUGUGGACAUUGGUGCUUCCGGGGCUAAUAAUGUGAAACGAGACGAACAUGUUCUUGCCACGGCAACGGGCGCUUCUGUGGUGCUUCAAAACUACUGCAUGCAUGCAGAUCGGUGCGGGUGCGGAAUGUAAACUUAUUACAUCACCAUCUCUGCUGGGCUGAAUGUGUAUGCAUGGCGCAUGUUGUGCUCCGGUGUGAGUCUCGGAUGUGGGUUGAGUCAGUAAGAGUUAGAUUUGGAAACCUGGUGUAUGUGGAACGGACUGAAGUUUUGAAGAAGGGGGUUGGGCUUUGGCGAACGCUGACCCGAAGACUUGACUCGACUUGACUUUGAUAAUGGUAUUCUAUCGUUUGUAGGAACUCCGUUGGGAUGUCAGACGUGGAGAAGCGAAGUCAAUUCCAAAUUUGGAAGGGAGGGACAUAAGCUGAGAGAGCCUCACCGAUACCCACAUCCUACUUACCAAUCUUAUCCCUGAGUCUGCCUCCCGUAGGUGUUGUGUGACGGAAGAUCAAUGGAAACGUGAGGAGAAGCUCGUGCUUAUCUUCUGACAUGACAUGGCGUUGAGUACAAGUCACGACGUGAAUCCCGUGGUGGACUUGGGGACCCUAGGCUUAUUUCAGGGUGAUGAGCGGCCUAUUUUUUGCCUGCAUUCGGUUUUCUUACUAUGCUUCUUUUUUGAUUUGGUUUGAUGGUUACGUGGUUGUUUGCGAUUGAUUAUCUCUUCUCGGGGAUUCUUUUUGGAGAAUCACUUGACUUUGGGAAUCGAGAUCUUGCUGUUUCAUCUUCUCUUACGUUGCUUUUUACGUUUUUUCUUCUUCGUCUUACUUAUGCUAUGGUCUUGUAAUGUGUUUAAGGCUGAGGGGUUGUUGAGUGGUGCGAUAUAUACCAUCGGUUGUUUGGUUUGAAUUGAUUAGUGGGUGGGUGCGGAUGUUUCUUAAUUAUACCCGGGGUUACUUUUUUUGGGUGGUGGUGAUUGGAGGGGGAGGGGGCAGGAGGAUAUGGGUGGGAGUGGUUAUGUGGCACUGCAAUGAGCUGGGAUGAUGAG